GGACUCAGUGGAAGACUGACGGUUGUGAUGUCGUCUUUCAAACGUAAAACACCAUCUGGUCGGGCGACUCUGCCCCAAGGCACUCGACUUUCCCCGUUUUCCACUUCUACCGUGAUAACUUCAACUGGAAUACCUUCACUAGAUGAUAUUCUUGGUGGAGGACUACCCUUGUCCUGCUCUCUCGCCAUCCUUGCUCCCGAUCAUCACUCGGCAUACGGAGAAUUAGUGCAGAAAUACUUCGUAGCGCAAGGUCUUGCUUCUGGUCAGAAAGUCUGCAUCAUCCAUGACGAACCCCUGAGAUUUGCAAGGGAGUGCAUCUGGAUGCCAGGGAGUACCCCAUCGACGCCUGCGCAGUCCAGUACAGCUGAAGAUGCAGACGAUGAGAGGGCGAGUCAGCAUGAUGAUAAGAUCAAGAUUGCCUGGCGUUAUGAGCAGAUGAAAAAGUUUCAGACCACAGUCUCAUCCAAUUCCCUUAAUGACGACUUCUGCAUGACAUUUGAUUUGACUUGCAGGAUCCCUACUGCGGCCCUUGAUGUCGCACGGCAAUCUUCUCAGCUGAUUCCGAUUGAUGUCGAUAGUUCUGAGGACAGCACGGGAGUAAUCGAACGGAUCGAGGAGCUGCUAUCGAAUAGCACAAACGCACACGCUGUUCGAAUAUGUAUCCCUGCUUUGGGAUCUCCCUACUGGGGUGACAUGCAACCAUCAACUGUGCUGACCUUGCUCCAUGCGCUUCGAAGGCUUCUCCAUCGGUAUCCAAAUGCCUGUGCUUCACUGUGUCUCGCUCCCCAUAUGUGUACGGAUACAUGGGGAGGACCAGGAUGGGUUCAAAAAAUUGGCUGGCUAACCGAUGCAGCGAUCUCGAUGUCGGCAUUUGGCGCUGACCCCUCGCUAGCUUCUCUUUUCCCUUCCCAUCACGGCAUUGUUCAGAUUCUUACGCUUCCGGCCCCCCAUACCAUUCUCCCAGCCAGUGAUAAAUAUUCUACUCUCCGCGGGCUGUCAUCGGCUGCAGGGGCAAUGGGCGGAAGCGGAGAAAAUAACCUCGCUUUCAAGUGCAUGCGCAAACGUCUUAUCUUUGAAACUCUACAUCUGGACUUGGAAGGUGGUGUGACUGAGCGGCGAACGACACCUUCCUCGAAUGCUAUUACCCUGGAUGCCAGCAUGGUGCAUGAGACGAUGCCCGCCGCUGUCCUCGCCACUGAAGGCAGAAAGGGUUCACUUGCCAUUGUGGAGGUUGAAUUUGAACGUGCCAAGGGUGUGGAGUUUGAUGCACCUGCGGAGGCUAUGACCGAUGUUUCCGCCGAGCACCCCGUCGCCCCUGCAAAGCCAAAGAAGGCAAAGAAAAAAGUGGCCUUUCAUUCCGAGCGUCCUGAUUUGUACGAUUUCUGAGGACAAAUUUAUCACCAUUACCCCUGCUAGAACUCUGCCAAGAUGAAGAAUAGGCGUUGGGAAGUUCCUUGAUUCGUACCUGCACUCCUCACACAUGCUUGCUUCCAUCAACGGAUGCGAUGUCUAGCAGAGUAUGUUUCAUUUUAGGAAGUAUCUCGUUAUAGGAUGUCAGAUCUAAAAAUGCAUUUGCUUUGUUCAUCAAAGGGCAUGUUGAAAGUGAGUGUUAUGUCGUUGGAGGAAUAAUGACCCUCGCUACGGCGAGAGUAGGUGAUCUAAUUAGUUAGCUGGGAUGUAGUUAAGGAGGAGAACUUGAAACUGAUUAAAGCCACUGGCAUGCAUAAUUAAAUAACCAUGAGCUGACGUGUGAAAUGCACCUUGGCUAGUGCGAUGGUCAUGGGUAACCAUGUCGCGGUGAUGGAGAUAUGACGAAC